AUGACUCAAUUCACCCUCAAACAACUUUCCGCAGCUCUCUCGGCCCUUGGUGUCUCCGUUCCAACCAUGGAUGCUGCCACUUCUCCUGACGUCCGUACCAAUGCUUCUGCUGACAUUGCAGCUGCAACUGCGCGUUUCCGAACGUCAGGAGGACAAUCAAUCCCUGCCACUGCUCGAGUGCCUAGCGCACCUAACCUGUCUGGUCAUUCGGCUCAUGUCUGCCCCGCCGCUUCAGUUCCUGCGCCAGCCGUUCAUCCAGCGCAAGCUCCCACUGCUCCUGCUCCCGGUCCAUCUCAGCCCACCCCCUUGGCUGCCACGGGAGGCCCCGAUGGGCCGUGGUAUGUCGUUUCCAAAGGUCGCGCCAUGGGCGUGUAUCGGGGUUGGCAAAACGUAAGCAACCUGGUCACCGGCAUUGGAACGGCUUGCUUUUUUCAUCAUGGGACUCGUGCCACGGCUGAGGCCACGUUUAACGAGGCACUUGCUGCAGGGGCUGUGGAGAUCCUCUAA